GUGUUCUUAUCUUUUGGAUACAAAAACUGGAAUCUGGGCUCCCACACUCCCAGGCACGCUCAAACCCAGAACCCAGGAGCCAAGACACCGGGGCUACGUCUUCGAUUGCUUUAGCCUGGCGGUCGAGCUGCGCGGGGCUCCGAUUGGUGCUGUCUGGCGGCGAGGCGCGGUGCACUGUGGGACGCGGCGGUGGCGGGAGGCGCAGGCCGGUCUCGGAGGUGAGGGUCGGCGGGCUGCGACAGGAUGGUGAAGCUGACGGCGGAGCUGAUCGAGCAGGCGGCGCAGUACACCAAUGCCGUGCGGGACCGGGAGCUGGACCUCCGGGGAUAUAAAAUUCCGGUUAUUGAAAAUCUGGGUGCCACCUUAGACCAGUUUGAUGCUAUUGAUUUUUCUGACAAUGAAAUCCGGAAACUGGACGGUUUCCCUUUGUUGAGAAGACUGAAAACAUUAUUAGUGAACAACAACAGAAUUUGCCGUAUAGGUGAGGGACUUGACCAGGCUCUUCCCUGUCUGACAGAACUCAUCCUCACCAACAACAGUCUAGUGGAACUGGGUGAUCUGGACCCGUUGGCAUCUCUCAAAUCACUGACAUACCUAAGCAUCCUAAGAAACCCUGUAACCAAUAAGAAGCAUUAUCGACUUUAUGUGAUUUAUAGAGUUCCACAAGUCAGAGUACUGGACUUUCAGAAAGUGAAACUCAAAGAGCGUCAGGAAGCAGAGAAAAUGUUCAAGGGCAAACGGGGUGCACAGCUUGCAAAGGAUAUUGCCAGGAGAAGCAAAACUUUUAAUCCAGGUGCUGGUUUGCCAACUGACAAAAAGAAAGGUGGGCCAUCUGCAGGGGAUGUGGAAGCAAUCAAGAACGCCAUAGCAAACGCGUCGACGCUGGCUGAAGUUGAGAGGCUGAAGGGCUUGCUGCAGUCUGGCCAGAUACCUGGCAGAGAGCGGAGAUCAGGGCCAAGUGAUGAGGGUGAAGAAGAGCUGGAAGAUGACACGGUCACAAAUGGGUCCUGAGCUCUGCCAGAUGCUCUGAUAAGCUCUCUUGGGACAAGUCUUGCAUUUUGAGCAUGGAGUAACAACCUUGCUUGUAUCAGCAACAUGGAAUCUCAGCUUUGCUGAAUGUUCAGAACUACUGCUGAUAAUUUUUAAUAUGAACCUUGAAAAAGCAAUGCCAGUUUUCUACAAAUGGUUAAAUAAAGGCGACUUACUGUGCUGCCGGA